AUGUCCAAUGAAGUUAUCUAUGAAAUAUUUGAAUUUCUUGAUUUUUUUCAUAGAUAUGAUGCUUUUUUAAAUCUUAAUCAACGAUUUAAAAAUCUUCUUAUUCAUUCACCUCUUUCUAUUCAAAUCAAUUUGUCAUUAAUGUCUAAAUUAACUUUUCAAAAUUACUAUAAAUUUAUUCUUGUUUCUGAUAAAUAUCGAAUUAAAUCAUUACGUUUAUCGAAUCCAUUCGUAUUUGAUUCUAUUUUAUCAUCAAUAAAUAUUCAAUUAAUAUUUAUUCAACUUGAAACACUUAUUCUCAAUAAUAUCGAUUCAAAAUCUCUCGAAAAUCUUCUUAAUCAUUUAACUUUGUUGUCUAGUCUUGUAUCAUUAUCGAUUAUUUGUAUAGAUAACAUUGAUCAUCCGAAUGAUUUCUAUCUUCAAAUCUUUCGUUUACCUAUAUUAAAAUAUUGUAAAUUAUCAUUUAGUAAAAACUACAAAUUGAAAUCAAUACCAAUGGCAACUAAUCAAUACAGUUCUAUUGAACAUCUUAUUAUCGAAUGUAUUAUUCAAAUCAAUAUUCUUUAUUGUUUUUUAUCUUAUGUUCCUCAACUUCGUCGUUUAUCGUGUCAAUCUCUUGUUGGAUAUGAUGAUGUACCAACAGAUAUAAAAAUUUCUCUGAAUAAUGUAACACAUGUGUCUCUUGAUCUCUAUCAUAUGAGUUUUGAUAAUUUAGAAUUCUUGAUCAGACAAUUUUGUCAUAAAAUUCAAGUUUUAUAUAUUUCUGGCUAUGUCAGUCAAGAACAUUUAGAUACCCAACGAUGGAAACAAUUAAUAUUAAAUCAUCUUCCAUAUUUGCGUAUUUUCGAUAUACAAUCUGUAUAUUUAGCAAUUUCUAUCAAUAAUCAACAGACAUACGAAUAUUUAUUCAAUCAAUUCAAUUCUCAAUUUUGGUUCGAACGACAAUGGUACUUCGAUUAUCGACGAGCUUUGAUUCGUGGUAAUCGAACUGGAAUUUUCUAUUCAAUAAAUCCAUACAGGGGAAAAGAUUAUAGAUUAGUUGGCAAUAUAAAUGAAAAUACUCGGUUAAUUCAUCAAGAAACAAAUCUAAAUUCAGUUCUUCAUGUUUAUAUUUAUGGUGAACAGACAAUAAAUGAUUGUAUCAAUUAUUUUCCAAAUGCUACUCAUGUGACAUUCUAUGAUAAUUUCUGUUUAAGAACACGAUCAUUUUCAUCAACUCUUAAUCAUAUUAUCUCUUUGCAACAACUUACAAAUAUAGAUAUUGAUACCAAUCGUUUUUCUUUUCAAAAAUUUUGUGAAUUGUUACAAUUUGCACCAAAUGUCAAUACAUUAAUGAUUAAAUCUGAAAUUCUUAAAGGAGCCUAUUCUGAAUCAAUGCGACAAAGUGAAAUAUUUCGAUUAGCAUCCAAUAUUAAUAUAAUUAAACAUAUGACUAUUAAAGAUAAAUGUACAUUGAAAAAGAUUGAAAUUCUUCUCAGUUUAUGUCCUCGACUACAGUCUCUAACAAGCGAUGUAAAUUGGCAUGAUUUUGAAUCGAUCAUUCGAUAUUUAUUGUCAAAAACUAAUGAAAAUGUACGUCAUUUAUAUUUAUUCUGUGUUUCAAAUGCAUGUCCAGAAUUGUUUGAGCGAUUGAAGAGUUUAAUCAAAUCAGAAAAAUUGAUUGAUGAUUAUUCGACUAAAUAUAUUAAUUCUAAAUUAUAUUUAUGGUUCUAA